AUGUCAGCAAUACCAAAAGCAUUACUUAUGAUGCACGAAGAUAUAAAUCAUCCAAUAAACUAAAUGUCUUUCAUGAAGGAUGUUAUUUCAAUAUAAUAAUACACCUUUAAAAGGAUUAUUGAAUAAUAAGAAGUUAAGAGCAAAAGCGACUCUAUGCUGGUAAAUUAAAAUUUGUCAGCUCAUCAUAGUGUAUAUGAGACUUACUACUCAGAUCACCUAAUUUUAGUGGCAAAAUCUAACUACAGAAGUCACAUUUAUCAGCUAAACAAUAUUAGAUUUAUCCAAUUAAAUAAAAUAUAUACCUUUUAAACUCUCUAAGAAACUAAAUAAAUCGUUUAAAAAGUAUUAUUUAGAGAUAUAAUAGAAAACUAUCUAAAUUCAAUGUUUUUAAAGAAGAGCAUAAACACUAAAAAAGCAUAAAUUAAAAUUAUAGCCAACCAAUAAAUAGCAUUCUACGUAUAUAAUUAAUCAGAAACAGCCUUCAAAUCAUUCAAUAGACUCUUAAUUAUGAACCCUUCCAAGAGAGAUGGUGGUAUCAUGAACUCUGUAAUAAAUAAAUUCUUUAGAAUUGCCUUUAAUAGCUUGCCAUAGUUUAAGAGAUAUAAACAUAUUCUCCACUACAACUACAUAAAUUAAAUCCGAUAUCAAUUUUAGAAUUUUAAUUCAAGAAAUAAAGAAUAUCAUAAAAUAAAGGGUGAACAUUUGAUCUAAUAUCUAAUAAAUGGAUUAAAAAAAGGAAUUUAUGAAGUGCCCUUUGAUUUAUGGUCUUAAGAAACUGCUGAUUUAAUAUUGAAUUUUUAAGAAAAUUGUCUGGUUGAAUAGCCUAUACAAUUUUGCCACCACACGGUAAGGAAUUAAAAAGAUCAAAUUACAAAUUCCAUGAAAGUUUUAAACCACUAUGGUCUCCUUCUCUAUGUAUGCCCACCAGGGUUUCACCUUUAAAUGUUCAAUCUUUUAAAUGUUUAUUCCCUAUUGAAUCUAUUUGUGAUUUUCAAGGAUAGUUGCAGCUUGUUAGUAAUUAUCCUGUGCCACCUCAUAAACUUUUGCCUUUUUACAAGUUUAAGCUAGCCAGGUAUCCCUUCAAAUCGUAGUUCAGGAAGGAGUUAUACCUUUCCUUUUUAUCUCUUGAUACUGUUUUAUUGGUUGGGAAAAGAUACUAUUAUGAAAAUUAAUCCUUCAAUAUUAUACAUCGCAAGGUUUGAUAUUUAUCAUAUUAUUUUAUAAGCAAUCUUACAAAAAGAAGUAUUAUUUUUCAACAAUAAUUAAACUAUCCUAAGCAGAUAGUUACAUAUGUUAUUUCUAAUUCUGAAUUGGUUUCUACUAUUCUAACAAUUUGAUAGUAUUCUCCUUAGCUAGAAUAAUCUAUUUGAGUUCUUAUAUCUCUUUCUCAAUUUUUUCUUCAUAGGACUCAUUAGCUAACAAUGA